AGCGGAAAUCCUGAUGCCCGCAAGCAAGCUGUAUGUAACCUCGUUCAUUUAGUAAGAAGGCCGCAGGUUCGAUCCCCGGCAGCGGCGGCGAAAGAGACCCCUGAAAAAGCGGGGUGGAAGAAGGUGAUGGAAACAAUAGAAUUGCAAGAAGCCACCUGGAAUUUCAUUGAAAAAAAUAUUUAAAUGCAUGGAGUGUGAAAUGAGCUUCAGUCAGAAAGGACACCUUAUAAAACAUCAAGGAAUUCACACAGAGGAGAAACCAUAUAAAUGUAUGGAGUGUGGAAAGAGCUUCAGUGAUAGUGGAACCCUUGCAAGACAUCAACGAACUCACACAGGGGAGAAACCAUUUGAAUGCAUGGAAUGUGGAAAGUCAUUCAGCCAGAAAGAAACCCUCAAUACACACCAGCGAACUCACACAGGAGAGAAACCACAUAAAUGUAUGGAGUGUGGAAAGAGCUUCAGUGAUAGCAGAAUGCUAAGAAUCCACCAGCAAACUCACACAGGGGAGAAACCAUUUAAAUGCAUGGAGUGUGGAAAGAGCUUCCUUUUCAGUAAGCACCUUAAUGUACAUCAUCGCAGUCACACUGGGGAGAGACCAUUUAGUUGUAUGGAGUGCGGAAAGACCUUCAGUUAUAGUGCAAAUUUAAAAAGACAUCAGCGAAUUCACACUGGGGAGAAACCAUUUAAAUGCAUAGAAUGUGGAAAGUGCUUCAUUGAUAGUGGAAACCUUACAAAGCAUGAACGAACUCACAGAGAAGAGAAGCCAUUUAAAUGCAUAGUGUGUGAAAAGAGCUUCAAUUGUAGUGGAAACCUUAGAAAACAUGAGCGAAUUCAUACAGGGGCGAAAUCAUUUAAAUGCACGGAGUGUGGAAAGACCUUCCGUGAAAGCACAAAACUUGCCAUACACCUACGAAUUCACACAGGGGAAAAACCAUUUGAAUGCAUGGAGUGUGGAACAUGCUUCCGUCAUAGAGAAUCGCUAAAAAUGCAUCAAUAUACUCAUACAGGAGAUAAACCAUAUAAAUGUUUUGAGUGUGGUAAAUGCUUCAGUCAGAAAGAAUCGCUAAAAAUGCAUCAAUAUACUCAUACAGGAGAGAGACCAUAUAAAUGUUUUGAGUGUGGAAAAUGCUACAGUCAGAGUGGAAGCCUUAGUGUACAUCUGCAAACUCACACAGGAGAGAAACCAUAUAAAUGUAUGGAGUGUGGAAAGUGCUUCAGUCAGAGUGGAAGUCUUAAUGUACAUCUACAAACUCACACGAGGGAGAAACCUUUUAAAUGCAUGGAUUGUGGAAAGAGCUUCAUUAAUAGUGGAAUGCUUAGAAGACAUCAGCAAACUCACACGGGAAAAAACCAUUUAAAUGUUUGUUUGGUUGCAGAAUAAACCCAGGCAUAUCUGGAGGAUAUGGACCAUUUGGACUGCAUUUGUUCCAGUUGGGUUUCAGGCCUUGCCAUCAGACUGAAACCCACCUUGUAUCCCAGCAUGAAAAUGACCCAAAACACACGGCAAAGACAAGAAAGGAGUGGCUCAAGA